AUGGUCAAGGGUAAGAAAUCCAUCGUCAAAUUCGUCAUUGACUGCACGCAACCCGUGGACGACAAAGUCCUGGACGUGGCGCAGUUCGAAAAGUACCUACACGAUCGACUCAAGAUUGGGGGUAAAACUGGACAGCUCGCCACCAGCGGCGUGGUGCUCAGUCGGGAUCGUACCAAGCUUACCGUCGCCAGUCCGGCCGAACUCGGUUUUUCCAAGCGACAACUCAAGUACCUUUCCAAGCGGUAUUUGAAAAAACAGCAACUGAAGAAUUACAUGCGUGUGGUGGCGGCAUCCAAAAAUUCUUACGAAAUGCGGUACUACGCCAUUAGUGGAGGAGACGGCGACGAUGAAGAAUAA